AUGGUGACAAGCUGUUCUGCGAAAAUCCGUUUGUUCUUGACAUCGAGUAUUCAUAUUAAAUAAAAGGUAAAUGAGCGUCAGUUGUACUUUUUGUGAGAGGUGUACAUAAAAGCCGCAAUCAUGACGCUCAUAAAUAAAAUGGAAGUUGAUGAGAAGACUAUGAAGGGAGAGGGCUUCAAACCGUAUUACAUUACGAAAAUUGAGGAGUUGCAGUUGAUUGUAGCAGAGAAGAGUCAAAAUCUUCGGCGUUUGCAAGCUCAGCGUAACGAGCUCAAUGCAAAAGUACGUAUGCUGCGAGAGGAGUUACAGCUUCUUCAAGAACAGGGCUCUUACGUGGGCGAAGUAGUCAAGCCUAUGGACAAGAAGAAGGUUCUGGUUAAGGUUCACCCCGAAGGGAAAUUCGUGGUAGAUCUAGAUAAGAACAUUGAUAUUAACGAUGUAACACCUAACUCGAGAGUAGCUCUACGCAAUGAGAGUUACACCCUCCAUAAGAUUUUGCCAAAUAAGGUCGAUCCAUUGGUAUCUCUCAUGAUGGUCGAGAAAGUCCCAGACUCCACUUACGAGAUGGUUGGAGGUCUUGACAAGCAGAUUAAAGAGAUCAAGGAAGUUAUAGAAUUACCUGUAAAACAUCCUGAGUUAUUCGAUGCUUUAGGAAUUGCUCAGCCGAAAGGUGUACUCCUCUACGGUCCACCAGGUACUGGAAAGACUCUGCUAGCCAGGGCUGUUGCGCAUCACACUGAAUGUACUUUCAUUCGAGUAUCUGGAUCUGAAUUGGUUCAAAAAUUCAUUGGUGAGGGAUCCAGGAUGGUGCGAGAGCUCUUUGUCAUGGCUAGAGAGCAUGCUCCGUCCAUCAUUUUCAUGGACGAGAUCGAUUCGAUUGGAAGUUCACGUAUCGAGUCUGGCUCUGGAGGAGACAGUGAGGUUCAACGUACGAUGCUGGAGCUUCUGAAUCAGCUGGAUGGUUUCGAAGCGACAAAGAAUAUAAAAGUUAUCAUGGCCACGAAUAGAAUUGAUAUUUUGGAUCCAGCUUUAUUGCGCCCGGGAAGAAUCGACCGUAAGAUUGAAUUCCCUCCUCCAAACGAGGAAGCCAGGUUGGACAUUUUGAAGAUUCAUUCGAGGAAGAUGAACCUCACUCGUGGAAUUAAUUUACGAAAGAUUGCGGAGCUGAUGCCUGGUGCAUCGGGUGCAGAAGUUAAAGGAGUAUGCACCGAAGCUGGCAUGUAUGCUCUCCGAGAGCGCCGUGUACAUGUCACGCAAGAAGACUUUGAGAUGGCCGUGGCCAAGGUGAUGCAGAAGGAUUCUGAGAAGAACAUGUCUAUCAAAAAGUUGUGGAAAUAGAUUUGUACGUCGCAUUUGUGUACCCUCGUCUAUAAUGGAUAUUUCAUAACCGAUACCGCGAUAUCAUUUAAUAAAACCUGAUUACUUAAGAGA